AUGGCAGAAUUUCACAUGAUACAACGGUAUGUUGCUGGAGUGGUUACACCGUUUAUUGGGGGAUUUGGCAUUCUGUUCAACAUUUCCGUCCUCAUGACAUUGAUCAGGCGACAGGAACGGACACAGCUAUGGUUCUUGCUUGUAUUUCUAUCAGUGGUCCACCUGGUGAUUUCCGGGUACCAUUCAACUCUUUCAAUCGUUGUUGCUGUUGCUACUGGACUUAGAGGGAUAACGCACGUGUUCACAGAUUCGAUGUGUUCCGUUGUGGGCGUUUGUAGCUAUAUUCUUGACAACGUUUCGAUUUUGCUGCUUGCGCUUAUCGCAGUCGAUCGAUGGAAUGCAAUAUUUCGACCAGCGACAUAUAUAAACAUAGGUGGCACAUUGUCAAAAUGGAAUAAAUUUUUAAUCGCAGGAUGUUUCAUCACUCCAGCUUUGUUUGGGUCUCUUGCCAUAUUUGGAGGAUUUACAUUCAACCCGGUUGCUGGAAAAUGCGCUGUUGGACAUCGUCAUCUGCUCAUCACGACUACAUACACUUUUUUGUUUCGAUUUGCCCCUAUACUACUUCUUCUUGGAAUCGUUCUGAAAUUGUGUCGUCCCCUUGGACGAUUUGAAUCCAAUCGGCAACAAGGUGUUCUUCCUACGGAACCAAUCAUUAUUGAACCCUCACAUAGCUACAAUGCGACCACCUUCGAAUUCCCUUCUCCAAAUUCUCCCACUGUAGUUGCACCCAUCGUUUCUGGGCUUGAGCUCCGUGCAACAAAGUCAAUGGUGAGCCUCCUCAUCGCAGGAAUCGUGAUUGGGUCCCUUGAAAUGAUAGUAAUUCUUCUGGGUAUGGAUCUGCUGGUUGAAUUGCUUACGUUCCAAUAUUUAUUCACAAUGGCAUACCCAUCCAUCAUUCCUUUGAUGUUGCUGACCCAGAAAAACAUGUUUAAUGCAAUGUUUCGUAGACUCAUUGGACGCUGCACAUCCGUCUGCACCAAACGACAAGAAAAUGCGGGGCGAGCACGCCUCUUCUUGGAUCCACAUUUUCAUCUCGCUUCAAAUGACGAUGUGGAAAAGUCGUGCUCCAUUAACAAUCAACUUCCAGAGUUUUUAAAGCAAUCGCAUAUUGUUGAUGUUAAUGUUUCUACAGUUGAAACUGAUCCACCUGCCGACAAUCGUGUUAUCAUCCAGAAUCGGAAAGAAUCCGAAAAUUUUUUGCACCCGCAUAGAGCCUCACUGCAAGCAGGAAAUCACCGCGCCUUCGAAAAUGAUGACGUCAGCAGCAUUGAUUCGCUCCGUGUUAUGAUUGACGCAGACAAAUGGUCUCUAUCAGCUUGUUCAACGAUAACACUCUCCCGUCCCGAUCGCCGACAUUCAUUGUCACCAUUCGCUCCUCGCAAAACAUCACAGUUCUCAACGUGUAGUGAACGUAAACAGCGAGCAAAAUUAAGCAACGCUUUUUCACAUAAUUUCGCCUUGGAGAUUCGUGGGAAAUAUAAACCUACAUCAGUCUCCCCAAUGCCCGAAAUUGUGACCGAUUCGACACAUUUCAGCGCCAGCUUCGAUCUUCCCGAAACCCCCACAUCUCCAUCUGCCCGCGUGUCUGCUGACGUCACUAGAUGGAUCAGGUCCUCGGGAACGGACGUGAAUGGACCUAACACGGAAUUCAGAACAUGUUUUUCCCUUCAAGAGAACGUAUCUGGUGACAAUAUAAACAUAUCUACCUCCAAUAGCUCAUUGAAUAAAGCUGAAACUCAAAAAAGUAACACAUCUACGCCUAAUAAAGCGCCCUUACUGAAGAAGCACACCAGUUCCCAUAGUCAAUUAAAACACGUAGAUUUGCUGCCAUCAGUAGAACACUGA